CACCCUGGAACAUAAAGUUCGAUAUUCUUAUGAAAGAACGAUGUUGAUGCCCAUCCACUUCUUGCUGGAAUUUUUGAUUUCGAUCGUCGAAGAUGACCACUCUACAACCUUCAGAAGAAGGUUCUAAUACUGCAUUCAUCCCUACAACCUUCAGGAGAAAGUUCUAAUACUGAUUCUACCUGCAAAAUUUGGCAGAAAGUUCACACUUUGGGCUGAGUGUUUUUAUGCUGGAAAAGAUACUGUCGCAGCCUGAGGAAUAUGUCUGGCAAAUGUGGGCUACUGUUUCACGCGCAAGCCUAAAUUUACCUACGGUCGAACAUGCUUUGUUAAAUAGAGAAGGGGAGCUGGGAGGAGGAGUACUGGGAGGAGGAGUGCGUGGAGAUGAAGGAGGAGGAGAACAAAGACAUCAGAAUGAGCUACGGGAGAAGGAUGAAGGAAGUUUCAAUAAGGAGACAGCAGCGAAUACAUCUUCAGCCGAUGAUGUCAUUCCAGAUUCAUCUGAAAGCAUUCCUGCUUCAUCUGACGUAGAAGAUCCUUCCGGAGCCUCGACAAUCGUCCCAAGUCUGACACGCAUGUGUGCACCCAAGUUUUUGCUGUUGUUAAACCUGCUGAUCGAAAAGCUCUUCCGCAAUCCUAGGCAAGACCUGCAGACGAUGACGUAUCUUAACUGGUUCGACGUAUUAUUAAGGCGGGUUACCACGGUAGAUGUAAUGUACUCGAAAACUGAAAAUAACCGAGUAAGUGACUGAAAUAAGGGAGGUAGCUAGGUUUGACAGGGCUGCUCUUCCUUGUUCAGGCUUAACUGUGCUUAUUUCAAGUAGUUACUCGGUUAUUUCAGUUUUUCGAAUACAUUGAUUCUCGUUCAGCUUCAGAAGCAGCAUUCUUGACCUUUGACUUUUUGCCUUUCCCAAGUAGAAGAAAGUAGAUCCAGAAUAAUUCUUGACCUUUUAUUGUUGAAGUCGAACGAACUAGGUACUAAAGGGUAGUUCAGCAACGUCAUCAACAAGGAUGUCUUCCGACCUGAGGAACACUGUAAAAAUUUGCGAAAAACUCCUCCUCCUACUUUAAUGUUGAGCGAAAACGGUGCGAAUGUGGUCAUGGUGAAUUACAAAGACGCGCAAGACGUGUUUAUCAUGGCUGCGGUUCUUCGAGCUACACAUCGGGUAUUGAUGACCCAGUUCAUCCUGUACGAGCAAUACUACGGAGCAGAGUGGUUCCAGGAGA